UUAGUUGUCAGUAACCAUGGUGAAGGAUGUGUUAAUAACGAUAAUGUGCGUACAACCUUCUUCCAGUAAUUACUUCACGUGCUAUCAACGAGAAAAUCCAGGACAAAAGUGUAGUGAAAAAGUGACAUCAAAUAUAAUCUCAUUGCAUAUACAAUUAUAAUACCUAAUCAGCUGAAAGCUAACGAGAAGAAUAUUCAAAUCGAGUGACUGAAAUCUUCAAAGAACAUAAUACGAGAAAGGAAGUAAUUAUGAAGCUAUUCGGACGUCCAAAAACUUGGCCGAGACGAUGGCACCAGUGAUAACCCUAAAUCGUUUAAUAGGUCUUCGUGUUUUUGAAUAUCCACGUGGUCGGCCAAGACCUGUACUUAGCCUAAUUUAUCUUUGUUUCUUUAUGGUUUGUGCUGUGGUGGCUCAAGAUAUUUGCAAAAAGAAUACUAUUCAAAUGUUCAUUUAAUGAAGCUGGAAUACUUUCUGUAUGAUACAUCAGAAGUUAUUGUUAUUUAUAUGAUCCUUUUGAAAUUACUGCUAGGUUGGUGGUACACAAAGAAAUUUCAAACUUGCUAUAAGAAAAUCUUUGAGAUCGACGAAACAUUGCGACAACUUGGAUCGGCAAUAAACUAUGAUAAAAUAUAUUUACAAUACUCGGUGUAAUGUUUGUCUGGUUUUAUUCAACUUAACUACGUGCAUUGUGGUCUUUAUUGUAUUGUGGAUGCAAACAGAUGCAUAUACUGCAAUCAGCAAUUCAAUGGCAUAUUUAUAUAUCCUGACUGUCAAUUCUAUUAUCAUUUUCGAAUUCUACAUAUUAGUAAAAUGCUUACAAAUAAAAUUUAAAUUAAUUAACAAACUCUUAUAUAAAAGUAUCUCAGCAUUAUCAGCAAAAGAGAUAAAGUUGGGCUUUUUUGAAAUGAAAGAUUAUGCUGAAAUCAUGGAUGUUGAGCGACAAAACUGUUUAAUUCCUAUGAAGAUAUUAUCUUACCGUCGAAAGAAACAAUUACGAGGAGAACUUCGAAAUCGAUCUCAAAGACACAAUUUCGUAACGACUGAAGAUCAGAAACAUAUGUAUCUGUUACAAAUAAUCAAACAAGUUCAUCUAGAAUUGUGUAAAGUAUCAAAAACAAUAUGUAUAAUCUUCGGCGUCCAAACAGCUUGCGAAAUAGGAAUAACAAUUAUGUUGUUAACGGGAACUCUCUACAAUUUGUACAUUCGGUUUUAUGUACAAGAGCACAAGCUCACAAACAUUUUAAUGCAGCAAUCAAUUAUAAUAAUCUUAACAAGUAUUCUUGAUAUUUUGAAAAUUACAUUUUUAAGUCGCGUUUGCAAAAAUGCAGCCGAUGAGGGAAAUAAAACUAUGGAGAUUAUUUAUUCGAUUUACGGAUGUGAUACAGAAUCUGGUAUGCAAGAAGAGAUUCAGCAAUUUGGUAUUCAAAUAUUGCAAAGUCCGGUGAGAUUUUCUGCGUAUGGUAUUUUUUUGGAUAAUCAAGUUCUAACUAUGAUGCUGAAAAUUAUAACAACCUACUUAGUUAUCAUGAUACAAGUAAGCGACUCAUUGGAGUCUGACGAAACUAUUCAAAAUGUAUAAUAUAAAUUAUAAAUACAUG